AUAACUUGUUUCUUUGGCAACCGAUUUUCUUAUUAUUAACCAUAUAUAUAUAUAUGACACCCCAAACCCUCCAAAAAAACAGAACUCCACAAGGUAGCCAUGGCAGUUUUCUUAAAGACCCAUUUUUUAUUCAUUGUAUUGAUGUUUUCUUGUUUGUUGUUAAGUGGGUCAAAGUCAGUUUUUCAUAUAAAGGAUGUUUUGCCAAUUUUACCUGUACAAGUGUCAUGGCCCAUUGUCAAUUCUCUCUACAGUGCUGUUGACCUAUUGCCCUCUUUUGUUGGAGCUGUUUCAAUCGCUAAUAAUAGUACACUUCAAUGGAAAGGUGCUUGCUUUUACAACAAUACUGCUUCAUUGGAACUUCACAACAAAACUGGAAGUCGAUUUGGCGGUGGGACUAUCCAUAUCAAGGUCAACAAUGCACACAGUUAUUCUUGUAUGGACCUUUACAUCUUUGCAACUCCAUAUCGUGUGACAUGGGAUUACUACGCUUUAUCUCGUGAACAUACUGUUCAGAUCAAAGAGUGGGAGUCUCAAGCUGAGUUAGAAUAUGUGAAACGCAAAGGAGUCUCAAUUUUCCUUAUGCAAGCAGGAACUUUAGGAACCCUUAGAGCACUAUGGGAUGUUUUCCCUUUGUUCACAAACACUGGAUGGGGUGAAAACUCAAAUAUCGGAUUUCUGAAGAAACACAUGGGUGCUUCAUUUGACCAACGUCCUCAACCAUGGGUCAGCAACCUUACAACUGAAGACAUACAUUCUGGAGAUUUUCUUGCAAUAUCAAAAAUUAGAGGGCGUUGGGGUGGUUUUGAGACGUUAGAAAAAUGGGUAUCUGGAACUUACGCUGGCCAUAGUGCUAUUUGCUUGAGGGAUGCUGAAGGAAAGCUGUGGGUUGGAGAAUCUGGACAUGAGAAUGAUAAGGGAGAAGAUAUAAUUGCUAUGUUACCCUGGGAGGAAUGGUGGGAGUAUGAACUGACAAAAGAUGAUUCCAAUCCACAUAUUGCAUUGCUGCCUUUGCACCCUGAUCUCCGUGCCAAGUUUAAUCAGACUGCUGCUUGGGAAUAUGCACGAAGCAUGGCAGGCAAACCAUAUGGUUUCCAUAACCUAAUAUUUAGCUGGAUAGAUACUAUUGACGGAAAUUAUCCCUCUCCCUUGGAUGCUCAUCUGGUUGCUUCUGUCAUGACUGUUUGGAAUCACUUACAGCCCGCAUAUGCAGCUAACAUGUGGAAUGAAGCCUUAAACAAACGACUUGGAACUCAGGGCCUUGAUCUUCCUGAUAUUCUUGUCGAAGUUGAAAAGCGUGGGUCAUCUUUUGCCAAAUUGUUGACUAUCCCAGAACAGGAUGACUGGGUUUAUAGUGAUGGGAAAUCAACAUCUUGUAUUGCUUUUGUUCUUGAAAUGUACAAAGAAGCAGGACUAUUUGGUCCACUUGCUAGUUCAAUUCAGGUUACAGAAUUCACGAUAAAAGAUGCUUACUCACUCAAGUUUUUUGAAAACAAUACAAAUCGGUUGCCUAAGUGGUGCAAUGCGGAUGACACAGUGAAGCUUCCUUUCUGUCAAAUUCUAGGGAAGUACCGUAUGGAAUUGCCUGGAUACAAUACAAUGGAUAUAUAUGCCCAUAUGAACGAAAAGUGCCCAUCAAUGCCUCCAAAAUACUACAGGCCACAAAGUUGUUGACAAUGAUUUUUAUGCCUAGCUAUCUUGCUGUAGUUUAAGG